CUCUCUGAGUCAAGUUCCGUGCAAGACCUAGUGCAAGAAAAAGAGAAACUUGGUGAAACGCUACUGCGAAUAACCGGAGAGCUCGCUGAGAAAGAGGCAAUCCUCUUAGAGAAGACAAAUGACAUGGCAGAAAAGGAGGCUGCUAAUGUUAUGGGGAAUGACAGAGACAGCCUGUAACUGUGUAAGUGUAAAAAUAGUCAACCGUGCUCCGUUUUUCAGUUGAUACCCAAACCACCAUCGUUGUCCACCCACUAACAACGACCUACUUACAAUCUUCUAGUCUUCUGAUCAUCAUUAUUCCCAACCUCGUCUGGAAGACACAAAUACUUUGGACAGAAAGCCAAACCGUCCAAACAUGGAGUGAGUUUUCAAACCUUGCUUCUAUUAUACUACAACUAGUAUAGCCCCUGCUGCCUCCCACCCGCACCUAGGCCACCACCCACACUUAGUUACUCCCGCUCUAAUACCACCGCCCUAGCCCAAGCACAUGCAGAGCUCGAGACAACUAAUGCGACUCUACAGACAACAAAUGCGACCCUCCAAUCGAGAACUGUAACGCUAGAAAGCGAUCUCGCACACGCACGAAACCAAUUGGCGCAGAAAGAAGAGGUAUAUUAGCGAACAUAUUUCUUGAACAAUUUGACUUCUUAUCUUGACUGUGCUGACCACGAGUCUCGUUAUGAAAUAAGGGGUUGUUCUUGUUUUGCUUUUGGUUGCUCCAUACUUUAUUAGUAGAAGAUUGAUCCCGCGGGUGUUGCGCCUCCGAUGUAGAAUAUGAGUGGUGCAGAGAGACCCCAGUAGCGUCCCCGCUGGUCGGGGGACACCCAUUAACUGGCCCAGGGUAUUCUCACAUGGGCUACCCGGUCGGCGCCUCCUGACCCUUCUGGGGGUCAUCUCGACGGCCAUCGUUACUCUCGAUGCUGUGCUUUUGCGGGACAUCACGAACUCGUGCUACACAGGCUCAAGUUCUCAUGAGCAGACGAGCCGGAGUCACCUCAACACGAAUUCCCACACGAGGUCGCGGCCGCGCCACUCCUUGCUUCCGAGAACUGUAAAUGGCACUGCGUGAAUAAGAAUAGAUGACUGUAAAAUGAAAAACGGGGGUAGUAAAUACGAAAAUGGAAAAAAUAGACACAUAUUGAGAAGAAGAUCAACAAACCAUCUAUGGAUGCUCUCUCUCUCUCUCUACUUAGGAAUUCCGAAACCUCGAACAACGCUUGGCGACACAAACGGAGGAAAUUGAGCAACUCCAGCAAAAGCCACAAGUGGAAGCCAUGUUGCCUGGUACAUCAAAAAAGAUAGUGGCUGCAGCUGAAGAUGUUGUUCUGAAUAAACCUAGUAAAACAUCAGAUGACGAGGAUGGUUGGGAUUUUGAUGAUGAAGCUGAUGAUGAUGCUGGCGCGGUGCUUCCAUCUACUGCAAUGAAUAAUGUUCCUCCAUCACAACUAACACUGCCUGCGGAACUUAAAGGGACAUCUUGUUCGGAACAAGCAGUAGAUAAAUUAAGGGUACAAGAAAUCCAUCUUCACUGUCAUCUUGUUCCCGAAUUCAAAGGGAAAAGGAGACCCAAGAUGCUGCUGAGGAUAGAUUUCCAUUAGUUCUAAAUAAAUCCGAUAAGAAUAAAGAAAAGAGUCCAGCGGGGUGGUCUCAAGUAGG